AUGAACGAGGAGACUGAUGAUGAUGAUGAGUCAGAAGAGGAGGGAAGCUUAAAUGGUCUUAUUACUCAUGGUCCUGUUGCAUCUGAAGACACAUCUGGCAAGUCACAUGAUGUAUCUGAUAAUGACGUCGACUCUGAUUCACAUGAUGUAUCUGAUGGGGAUAAGAUGAUUCUUUCACAAAUCCAAAGGAAUAAAGAUCAGAAAAGGGAGUGGAAAUUUGAGGCUGACAUGCUUGCAGCAUUUGGAAAGGAUCCUCAAAGGCUGUAUGUGCUCUUUAUCGUCAGCAAACUUCUGAGGAACAGAAGAUCAGGGGAUCACUGCACCACAAUGGAAGGCGAUUCAACAGAUUUGAUGCUGAAAGUUUCUCAUGUUUUCUCGCUGUGCUUUCACUUGCGCAGAGGCAGUACUUUGGCUGAGUUCCUCACCAAUGGGGAUCCCCUCCUGGAUGUGAAAAAGUCUGUAAAGGAGUUGGAUGAAUAUGAUCCCAGAGGAGUUGAAACAUGCAGAACAAUGGCAUUUCGUUACUCAAAGCAACUUUACAAAAUCCACAAGAAGAAAGAAGAUCCUUUCUUUAAAAUUAUUAUAAAGUGUUGCUUGUGA